AUGAGACUGUUUGGACAAGCAUUUUCGCGCUGGAACUUAACUGGUCGCACGAGGCUGGUGUAUUUUUUGCUCGUCAUAAUGCUGGCUUUAUUAACUAUCUUUGGGCUCUUUUCUAUCCGCUAUAAGUCGCAGGGUCGGCGACGCUUCGUAUUCUCCAGGAUCUAUUUGGCCUACACCAUGGUAAUUACAAUUGCUUUCACCAUCACAUACACGCAUCAAAUGUACGAGGACUACAGAAGCUCACAGCUUGAUCUACGCGAUGCUGUGAAGCUUUAUAGCUACAUGAAUAUAACAGUGACCAUUAUAAACUUCGUUACACAAAUGUUUAAAGUCAAACAAGUAGCACGACUAAUGAGCCAAGUACCCCUCUUCGAUACGCUGAGAGAGUUCAGUGUCGGCGACACUCUACUGCGAUCUGUUGUCACGUCAAUUGUCAAAGUGAUUGGUUUUCCAUUUAUAAUCGGAAUAACCAUGUUCCUGCAGCAACAGCGCUACGAACCAGAGCUUAGCGGGAUGUGGUCAGUUCACAAGUUAUUUCCUAUGAUAGUCUCAAACCUGCUGAACAAUAGUUUCUAUGGCGUUAUGAUAAUAGUAAAAGCCAUCCUGAAGACAUUAAAUAUUCGCCUAAUGCGGCAUGUGCGACUGGUGGAAUGCAUGCAAAAGGAAGAAAAAUUAAAGCUUCACACUAUCUACUAUUCUAUGCAGAAAUAUUGCACUUGGGCUGACGAAAUAGAUGCGCUAAGCAUAAAAUAUAGAAUAAUAUGUAUACACGCUACGAAUUAUACAGCUCUGGUAUCUCUAUCAAUGGUCCUGUCGCUACUUUGUCAUCUGUUGGGCAUUACCGUGGGAUUCUUCAAUCAAUACUCUGCCUUAGCAGAUACUUUCAUCGAUGGCCAAUCAUAUGAUGCCUUUAGCGCAUUAACCAAUUGUGUGUUCCUGAUCAUAUCCAUAUUAGAAAUAACUUUGCUGGCUCAGCUGGCCAAUGACAUAUUAGUGGAGACACAACAAACUGGCAUCAUAUUGCAAAAUUUAUCAUUGCAGCGAGUCGAUUGGCGGUUUAGGCAGGCGGUGGACACUUUUUCUCUUCAAGUGAUUAGCAUUAAGCACAAGAUAGUCCUAUUGGGGUUAUUUGAGCUCAAUGCAACACUUAUAACGGAUGUAAUGGCAACUGUAGCUAGCUUUUUGCUAAUUCUUAUUCAAACGGAUUUAUCACAUCGUUUUAAAAUGAAG